AUGCCUCCCAGGCUCAAGGUCACUGCCUUUCGCCGAUUCAUAUGCCCCGAAUGCCAGACACGGAGCCGCUAUCUCGAUCGCCCAUCUCAGUUCCGCCGCACGUUCAGGACCUCCCCGCGACGGCUCUACGCUCCAUCAUCGCCCCGGAGCAGCAAGCACCUCCAUCUCACGAACCGCAGCAUCAUCCGCCUCGCCGGGCCCGACGCUGCUCUCUUCCUCCAUAACCUUAUCCCCGCGAAGAUCCUCGACAUUGGAGGGAGCACGAACCCGAUCUAUACGGCGUUUCUCUCCGCUCAGGGCAGGAUAUUAAAUGACGUGUUUAUCUACCCCCCACCACCUGCGGGCGGUGACAGACCUGGGGAAGAAUGGUUUAUCGAAGUCGACUCGGCAAGCGCGGGGCAGUUGUUGAAACAUUUGAAGAAACACAAGUUACGCGCAAAGUUCACGCUCGAAAAGGUGGACGCGGAGGCGAUGGGGGUGUAUUAUACUUGGCCGUCGCCUUCCAGCGGGGGUGGUAACGAUUUAGGGAGCUCGAACCGCAGAUUGAGGCCGGGCGGGCAAGAUCCCAGGCCUGGAAUGGGUGUCCGCUGGCUCGACGAAGUAUCCUCUCAUGAACCCGGCGCACUACGGCAACUGGAAGACACUGGAAUUCAACAAGCUACGCUGGAAGAAUACACCAUCCACCGCAUGCUCAAUGGCGUUGCGGAGGGCCAGUCCGAGAUCAUCUCCGGCCACGCGCUGCCGCAAGAAAGCAACAUCGAUUUUUUUGGCGGAAUCGACUUCUUCAAGGGGUGUUAUCUGGGCCAGGAGUUGACCAUACGGACGCAUCACACAGGCGUGGUCAGGAAGAGGAUACUGCCGUGCCAACUGUACGCCACGGACACCGAGCCGUUGCCGGCACACCAAGAGACGCCCGAGUAUAAAGCCCGCGGUGUGGAAACGCCGCUUCCGCUCCCGCCUCCGGGAUCAAAUAUCUGCAAGAUGAAGACAAAAGGCCGAGGCCGGAGUAGUGGCAAGUGGCUCGACGGGGUGGGCAAUAUCGGCCUCGCGCUGUGUCGCUUGGAGAUGAUGACGGAUAUCCAGUUGACCGCGGACCGGACGAAUUAUGACCCCAAUGAGCAGUACAGGGUCCAGUGGGAAGCAGCGGAAGGUGAAGAACAACAAGGGAUCAUGCUCAAGCCGUUUGUACCCCAGUGGCUCAGGGAGGGCGUCGAGCAGAGCCUACGGAGGAAGGAGAGGAAGGCAAAGCCCCGACGGGAAGAGGACGAUGACGAGGAAAUUGAUUAA